GAAUUAAAGUCGUAUCAGUUAUUGUCAAACGCGCGGUCUUGGGUUAAACAUCAAAACCACAAAGCCACUUAAAGUGUGGAUAUUCAAAAUAAAGGUUAAACCCUAUGGGAAGUGAUCGCUCUAUAAAAAAACAGAAAAUGUCGGUCUUACAGGAACUCAAGCAAGUCACCACAAUUGUUGCUGACACCGGCGACUUCGAAGCCAUCAACAUAUACAAGCCUACAGAUGCCACCACAAACCCUUCCCUUAUCUUGUCCGCCUCGUCCAUGGAGCGGUACCAGCCCUUGGUCCAAAAGGCAGUGGACUAUGCAAAGAAAACCAAGGGAUCGCUGAGCGACCAGGUUUCUGAGGCCAUGGACUACCUGUGUGUGCUGUUUGGAACGGAAAUUCUGAAGGUUGUGCCUGGCCGAGUUUCCACCGAAAUCGACGCUCGCCUUUCGUUCGACACCAAGAAGAGCGUGGCGAAGGCCCUCAAACUCAUUGACCUGUACAAAUCCCUGGGAAUCGGCAAGGAGCGUAUUCUUAUCAAGCUGGCAUCUACUUGGGAGGGCAUCAAGGCGGCUGAGAUUCUGGAGAACGAGCACGGAGUCCACUGCAACUUGACACUGCUGUUUUCCUUCGCACAAGCCGUGGCAUGCGCCGAAGCCGGAGUAACCCUGAUCUCGCCUUUCGUAGGCAGAAUCCUCGACUGGUAUGUGGCCAACACCGAGAACAAGAAAUUCGAGCCCCUGAAGGAUCCUGGUGUAAUCUCCGUGACGAAUAUCUACAACUACUACAAGAAGUUCGGCUACAAGACUCUGGUGAUGGGUGCAUCGUUCAGGAAUGUGGGUGAAAUCAAAGCCCUGGCCGGAUGCGACUUGCUGACCAUCAGUCCCGCGCUACUCAAGGAGCUGGAGAACGAGACUGAGUCUGUGGUAACAUACUUGUCUGUCAGCAACGCCAAACUGCAGGACAUUGAGAAGAUUACCGUGGACGAGAGCAAGUUCCGUUGGCUGCUCAACGAAGAUGCCAUGGCCACAGACAAGCUUUCCGAGGGUAUCCGAAAGUUUGCCGUUGAUACUGUUAAGCUGGAAAACCUGAUUAAGACCUAUCUUAAGUAAAAUGUCCUUUAACAAUUGAAUAGAUGCUUCCCGGUGUCCCAAUAGGUGGAGGAUACAAAUAACGAUUGUUUUUUAAAACAAACUUUUUGUACUUGAAUAAAACUUACAAUUUAUUAAUGUAA